AAUUCUUCCAUCAUGGACACCCGGACCUUUUUCCACCACAGGGAAGAGGAACAGAAAGAAGAGAGGCAUCAAGAUUUGCAAAUGAGCUCCACCACAAGGAAAUCAAAGUUCAGAACUAGCGAGGAAGAAGAGGGCUUCACACUUUCCGAUCUGUCCAUAGCGUCUGCGCUCGCACUGACUUCUGAAAUGUCAUGGGAAACUCGGAUGAGGAGGGAGGCUGCUAUUCUGGAGUUAGAGAAGAGGGGACAGAAGCUGGUUCGUUUUGGGAAUGACAUGGAAAAGCUGGAGAAAGAUGUGAUUAGGCACUGCAGAUUCCUGCGUGUGAAGGCUGACCGGAAAGCCUUAAGGAGGAAGGCUGAAGCAAAGGCACAAAUGGAAAAGGAGGUCAUUGAGCUUUUAUCCUGCCGGGCGCCCAUGUUUUGGAUUCCCCUCCGAGCUCAUGCCGUCUGGGAAAGAAUGAGCGUCAAACUGGAAUGUACCGUCUUGGCUUCUCCUCCACCCCACGUCACCUGGUAUAAAAAUGGAGUCCGGAUUGACCCCCGAGUAGCUCCAGCAGGGAAAUAUAAGAUGAAGAACGAGUUUGGAAUGCUGACCCUGGACAUCAGCAGAUGCUCCUUGGACGAUUCUGCUGAAUACAGUGUGGAAGUGAAAAACGCCUAUGGGGAAGCUUAUUCGUUUGCUACCGUGCUUGUCAAGAAGUAUUACGGGAAGAAGUCAGGAUUUGACUCGGAGAUAUACAAAAAGUCACUCAGAGGCCUUGAGGCUGACUUUGCCAGCACUUUGCAACCCGUCUUUUCCAGGGAGAAGGAGCCCUUCGCACUGCACUGCACGUUUACCGCAGACUUACAGGAACACCAGAGGGACAUCCGCUGGUUCAGAGAUGGUGAGCUGCUGAAAGAUUCUGACCGACAGCAAAUAAAAUGCGAAGACCGGGAGGCCUCCCUGGCAGUAUCCAGUGCUUACAAAGAGGAUGAAGGGUUUUACAGCGUCCGCCUCCCAACACAAGAUGGAUACAACCAGCAAACAGCUUAUGUGUUUGUUAGAGAUGCGGCAGCAGAGACAGCCGGAGCCCCUGGGUCACCCCUCUGUGUCCAAUGCCACGAUGUGAAUAAAAACAGCCUAAUACUUUCAUGGAUAACGCCCAGCGAUGAUGGAGGAAGCCCUGUCGUGGGCUACUACAUCGAGAGGUGUGAGGCGGGCACGGAGGCGUGGGCGCCGUGCCACGACCAGCUUGUGAAAACCUGCAGGUCUCCCGUGGUAGGGCUCAUCGUGGGAAAGACGUACCAGUUCCGCGUAAAAGCCGUCAACCGCGUGGGCGUCAGUAACCCCUCCAAGGCGAGCCACCCUGUGACAAUGAUUGACCCCGAUGAGGCCAAAAGAUCGAUAAUUAUCCCUUAUGAUGAUGGGGUGAGGAGUAUCACAGUGUCCAAAGAUGAGCUGGAACCCAAGAUCAAGAUGCCUUUGCCACCCACCAACGUUCAUGCCAGCGAGGUCAGGGAAGACUAUGUGGUCCUCUCUUGGGAUGAGCCAGACCCCAGAGGGAAGGAGCCCCUGAGUUAUUUUGUUGAAAAGUCCCUAGUGGGCAGUGACAGCUGGCAGAUGGUUAGCCUAGACAUCCCAGUGAAUUCCACAACCUUACCGGUCUUUGACCUGGUGAAAGGAAAGUCGUACCUUUUCCGCGUGCGGUCAGUGAACAAGUAUGGAGUCAGUGACCCUUCGUUGUCCAGUGAGCCCAUCUCACUUGGCAAAAAUAUAGCUCCCCUCCCACCACCCUCUCAGGUCCUGGCCUUCAGAGACACCAACACAUCAGUCACUGUGCAAUGGAGUAAGCCAGAGGAAGGCAAGGAGCCCCUGGGCUAUUAUAUCUACUGCCAGGAGGUUGGAACGGAUGAAUGGCAAACCGUCAACAAUAAGCCCGUCACCUGUCAUGAGUUCACCGUUCCAGGACUCAAAACUGGCAAACAGUAUGUCUUCUGCGUGAAAUGUGUCAAUGAAGCAGGAGUGGGUGAAAGCUCCCCUCCAUCCGACCCCAUCACUGUCAGGCAGGCAAUCUCCUGUCCAUCGGCCCCACGUGGCUUUGCCCUGCUGAACUGCGGGAAGGACCGCAUGACAAUAGCUUGGAAGCCUCCCAAACGCAAAGGAGGUACAACCAUUUUGGGCUAUUUCCUAGAUCAGCACAAUGUGUCAGAGAUUGACUGGCAUGAAGUGAACAUUAAGCCCAUCGCUCAGCGCAUGCACACGGUCACCAACCUGGCCGAAGGACACUUCUAUGAAUUCCGUGGUUACGCCAUGAAUGUGGUUGGUGUUGGGAAAGUAUCUGAACCCAGUGACGUUUUCAAGUGUGAAGAGUGGACAAUGCCAGAACCAGGCCCGCCCUACGACGUAAGGUGUACCGAAGUGAGAGACACGUCUCUGAUGGUCCACUGGGAGCCACCCUUAUAUACCGGAGCAGGCCCCAUCCUUGGGUAUUACGUGGACGCCUGUGAGGAGGGAUCCGAUACGUGGCAACAACUGAAUAAGGAGCCAAUAUCCAGCACCCACCUGAAGCUGUCUGAUCUGGAGACGGACAAGUGCUACACGUUCCGAGUGCGGGCCUUGAACAAAGCCGGUGUUGGCCCACCAUCCCUGCCUUCGGAUCCGGUGGUGGUGAAAACCAAACCAGGCUCUAAAGAAAUUGAAGUUGGAGUAGAUGAGGAAGGAUUCAUCUAUAUGGCCUACGAGGCUCCUGAAAUGGUGGACACCUCACAGUUCAACUGGUCCAAAGAUUAUGAGGGGCCCCCCAAUCCCGACAGAGUUCAAAUCACCGAUAAAGAUGACAAAUCUAAGCUCAUCCUGAAAUAUGCUACUGAAAGGGAUCUUGGAACAUACGCAGUGGAAGUUACUGACACCGAUGAAGAUGUCUCUGCCAGUCACGUUUUGACUGAAGAAGAACUUGACAAGCUGCGAAAGAUCAGCCACGAGAUCCGAAACCCCUUGAUUGAGCUGAUCUCUGGCUGGAACGUCGAGGUGCUGGAGAAAGGAGAGGUGCGCCUGUGGCUGCAGGUCGAAAACCUGUCCCCAGAGGCAGAGCUGCACUUGAUCUUCAACGGAAAAGAGCUUUCGAGCACUCCGAGCCAUAAGAUCAAUUUUGACAGAGCCCAUGGCCUCGUGGAGCUGAUCAUCCAGGACUUCUGUGAGGACGACAAAGGGACAUACACGGCCCAACUGAAAGACGGCAAAGCUGAAAACCAGAUUACCUUAGCUUUGGUUGGAGAUGAUUUCGAUAAACUUAAAGCAGAGGCGGAUGCCAAAAAGAAAGAAUGGAAGAGAAAGCACGGCCCUCAUUUUAUUGAACAGCUGCAGUGGAAGGUCACUAAGGACUGUGAAGUCCUGCUGACUUGCAAGGCAGCCAACAUGAAGAAGGAGAGCACCUUCAAAUGGUUUUUUGAUGACAACUUGCGCUCGGAUGGUCAAUACAAUCCAAAGACCGGCGCUGGAGUUCUACAGAUUAAGAAGAUUACCAAAACAGAUAUAGGGGUAUACAAAGCUGUGGUUUCUGAUGAUCGAGGACAAGACACGACUCAACUUGAUCUUACUAAGGAAGUGUUCGAUGACAUCCUCAAAGAACUUGCCAGGAUCAGCGUUCUCUCGGCAUCACCUUUGAAAGUCCAGCCUACGGCCGAAGGCAUCAAGAUCUACAGCGAGGUGAAGUACUACACGGAGGCGAUGAAAGCCACCUGGUGUCACAACGACAAGCGUCUGGAAGGAGGAGAUCACCUAAAAAUAGGAACCACCAUGGACCAGGUUUGGGUCCACAUCCUGGAUCCGAAAGAAUCCGACAAAGGCAAAUAUACCUUAGAGCUGUUUGACGGGAAGGAGUCACGCAAACUGGCAACAGAUCUUUCCGGGAAAGCUUUCGAUGAUGCCCUGGCUGAACACCAAAAGCUCAAGCAAGCUGCUGUUGUGGAAGAGCACCGAGCCAAAGUGGUUCGUGGCCUUCCAGACGUGGCAACCAUCAUGGAAAACAAGACCCUCUGCUUGACGUGCAUCAUAUCUGGCGACCCCUACCCAGAAAUCACUUGGUACAAGAACGAGAACGUGAUCGCCUUCAAAGAUCGGUACAAGAUGGAAGUGAAAGGGACCGUGGUUACGAUCACCAUUGAGAACAUCGGCAGCAACGACUCUGGGAAGUUCAGCAUCCAUGUCAAGAACAAGUGGGGCUCUGAAACAGGCAGGGUGACCGUCAGUGUCUACAAGCGGGGCGAGGAGCCGAAGGAACUGAGAGAUGAGCUGGCUUUAAAGGGAGCCAAAGCAUCUCCCUGAAACCUGGCGUGUGCCUGGGAUUUUACUCUGGGUUGACAAAAACUCAGUGAGCAGCAGUUCCCAACCUUGGGUCCCCAGAUGUUCUUGGACUACAAUUCCCAAAAGCCUUCGCCACUAGCUGUCCUGCCUGGGUUUUCUGGGUGAUGAAGUCCAGAAACGCCUGGUUUACCUAACGUUGAGGAACACUAAGAGGGAAAAGUUGGCUUUCUUUUCAGUGUGUGCAGUGUGUGUAUCUCUUUCUCCCUACCAAAUAAUCGUCUCCAGCUCUUAUGAGGCAGGAUCAGAGCAUCCAGGGACAGCUGACUCAGAUAUUUUGCUGCCUGAGGCAAGCCCGCUCCCUCGUACAUCAUACGAAGGGCCAACCAUGUUAUUCUAGCUCCUGGGGCAGAAAAUCCUACACCCAUUUUCCCCCAGCUCCCAAGCACAAUAAAAUAGCUGGAGUCCUGCUCAACGGUGGCGGUCCCAAUCCCAGCAGUAUUAAUCUAGUGAGGAUUUUUACUUUUAAAGGCUCCCUGCUCUCUUCCGAGGCUCCCAGAGGCUCCCCAAGGCAAAAGAGAGCCCCAGGUAGCCUCGGAAUCUUAAACAGGCAGAUAAGAAGCUUUUAACUAAUGAACAUUAAAUGUUUCCAGUGCUCAAUUCAGUUUACACGAGGCCGAAAGUUACACAAGUUUUUGCCCACCGGAGAAUAAAUGCUCCACCUGGAUGAACCCAUGCAGUUCUAAACCGCAGAAGCCUCUGUGCUGCAAGGUCAGAAGACCAAGCAGUCAUAAGAUCAAAUCCACGCAUCGGAGUGAGCUCCCAUCACUUGUCCCAGCUCCCGCCAAACUAUUGCAUCCCAUUACUGUCCCUAUUGCAAAUAAUAAUAAUAAUGUUUGGGAGAAAUGGUUCUUUUUUUCAAUUGGGGGGGUUUUGGCAAUUUUUUACUUUAGGGUCAUGAUGGGGCAAGCCAGAAAUCAAAAUUAGAAUUGGCUAACCAAGCUGUUCUAUUCUUCUUUUCUCCUGGUUUCUUUUUUCUUUCUUUUUCCCUCCCCAUUUCUGGACAUUUCUGGGCUGGAUGCAGCUCCUAUGGCAUACCUAUUUCUCAUACCUGUACAAAGGGUACAUCAGACAGCUGCAAAGGCGCACACCUGUUUCACACCAAAAAGGGUUGCUCUGAACGGUCUCCCUUAAAGCUAUUUUUUCCAUCUGCAGGAGAAUCACUCCAGCCCAGCUCCAAAAAUUAGUAAAAGACCUACAUCUGGACCAAGGGAGUCCGGCUGGC